CCGUAGGCACGGGCACCUCCCUGGCGCUGUCGUCGCUGCUGUCGCUGCUGCUGUUCGCCGGGAUGCAGAUGUACAGCCGGCAGCUGGCCUCCACCGAGUGGCUGACCAUCCAGGGCGGGCUGCUGGGCGCCGCGCUCUUCGUCUGCUCCCUCACCGCCUUCAACAACCUCGAGAACCUGGUUUUCGGCAAGGGCUUCCAGGCCAAGAUAUUCCCCGAGAUCCUCACUUGCCUCUUGCUGGCUCUUUUUGCCUCCGGCCUCAUCCAUCGAGUCUGCGUCACCACCUGCCUCAUCUUCUCCAUGGUCGGCCUCUACUACAUCAACAAGAUCUCGUCCACGCUCUACCAGUCCGCAGCGCCCGCCGCCGUUCCCACCAAAGCCGUCGGCAAAGGCAGGAAGAGGAAUUGAUGCCCGCCCCGCGCCGGGGCAGCCCCCCCCAGGCCUCCCAAUAAAGCCGUUCCUUUGUAGCUCUG